AGAAUUAAGAGCAAUGAUAAAUGUGAAAAGGUGGAGAAAUGGAAAUACACAAGACCUGAAUUUGAAGCAUGGGAUGAAGACCUAGUAAUAUCAAAUGAUGUGAAUUCUUUACAAGCACCACCUCCAAUUGAUUUAACAGGCAUAAAAAAGUUAGAAUAUAAAUAUAUUUUGAAAAUGUUUCAACAUUUAAAAGUACUUUGGAGUCAAAGAAGAUAUUGA